AUGGAAAAUGAUAGCGCUAAUUCAGAUGACUAUUAUGAUAUUUGCAACGAGAAUUGGACACCCGAUACAUUUGGGGAAUUAGAAUAUACCCAAAGUUUAGAAAAAAAUAUAAGAAAACAAAUUAAUAAAAAAGAGUCAAAACAAAACGUAUUUUUUUGUUCUGAUAAAACAAAAAUAAAUAAAUAUGGAGAUAAAAAAUUAAAUCAAAAUGAUAUGAAUGAAUCUGGUGAAAUUUAUCAACUAAAAGAAAAUGUUGAAUCCUCAAAUUUUGAAUUAAAUAAUAGCAUUAUUUAUGAAAAUGACAAAAAUGACGAAGAAAUUUGUAUUCUUAAAGAUAUUUAUGAGGAACUUGAAAAGGGGAAUAAAGACAAUAAUAAAAGUCAUAUGACAAUUAGCCAAGCUGAAAAUGAUGAUGGAUCCAUUAAUAGAGAUAGCUGUUUCUAUGACGAUGAAUCCCCUAAAAAACAUAAUGAAAGCUUUAUCAAAAAAAUAAAAUUACUAAAUAGUAAUAAUGAAUCGGAUAAUAUGAAUUCACAGUCAAACAUAUUCAAUAUGAACGAUUCAGAUUUAUAUUCGUGGAGCAAUUUAGCUAAAAGUGGAGAUUAUAAUUAUGAUAAUGAAGACAAUAAAUUAAAGACAACCAAUUCGAAAGAUAGAAUAUUUGAAAAUAAUAAAAAAGACCAUGAAUUGUAUCAAAAAAAAAAGUGUGUAAAUUUUUUGGGGAAACAUAAAUUAAACAAAAUAAAAUUAAAUGAUCAAGAAAAGGAUAUUGUAAACAUAUUAAAUCAUAAUUUAAAUGACAAAAUGGUUUUUUAUUCCAAUAUUAAUGAAUCGAAUAAAAAACUUAUUAGGAAAGAUUCAGAUUAUAAUUAUAUUAAUGAAAGUAUAAAUAAAGAUACAAAUUAUAAUGUAAAUAAUAUUUCCAAUACACACAGCAAUAAUACAUCUCGAAUUAAUUGUGACACCAGUUUUUAUGAUAAAUUUUCAAGUUAUGAUAAGAGAAAUAUAAGUAUGAACGAAAGUGAUAUGUUUAUAAAAACUAGUCAAAAUAAUAGUGCCUAUAAUAAUUCACUCAAUAGUAGCAUACGAAUAUUUAGCAACGAUAAAAUAAAGGCUUACGAAAAACAUGAUGUAAAUAAUGUUGAACAUCAAUUAGAUUCAUCAAAUAACAAUAUUGAUUAUAAUUCUGAAAAGGUAGACCCCAUUUUAGACUCACAAGAUGCAAAUCGUAAUUCAUACACCAAAUCGGUAGAUAAUAAAAAAAAUAAUAAUUCAAAAAUUAAGUCAUGUAAAAGUAGCGAUGGCAAUGAUAGUACAUCUAUUCAUGUUGACUUAAAUGAUGAGGAAUCGUGGAAUGAAAAUAAUAAUGAAGAUAAUAAAAAAAAGGAUAUAAAAAAAGGUGAAAAAGUAAAAGCAGCAAAAAAAAAAAAAAAUAUAAUUCCAAAAAAGGGAAUAGUUACAAUAUUAAAAGACAAAAUUAUCAAACCAAAUAAAAAAAAGACUAAUGAAAAAAGUUCUAAUAAUAAAAAGGAAAAAGAUCAAUCGGAUGUUUUAGAAGAAUAUAAAAAUGAUACAAGAUUAAAAGAGUUAAACACUGAAUUAUGUAAUCAAAUUAAAAAACUUGAAAAUGAACAAGGUAAAGUAAAAAAAUUAGAAUAUCAAUUAAUCGCAAAAAGUGCUGAAAUAGAAUUAGAGAGAGAAGAAAUGCGAAACAAAAUGGAAGAUGAAAGAAAAAAAAUGAUCAAAACUAUAGAUGACGAAAAAAAAAAAUGGCUUAAGGAAAAAAAAAGGAUAGAAAAUGAAGUAGAAAAACAACGUAGCAUUAUAAUGAAUAAAAGGAAACUAAAAAAUGAUGUAGCUAUACUUAAAAAUAAAAUUAAAGAAUUAGAAGAAAAAAUUGAAGCGGAUAAAAAACAACAUAAAUUUAUUGUAGAUCAUUUGAAAAAGAAAAUAGAACACUUAUCUAUAGACAAUGAAAAAUUAAAAAUGGAGUUAAAAUUAUCAGAUGAAUAUAGAACUAAGAUGGAGAAAUAUCAGCAAAAUACCAUAAUGAAGUUAGCCACAACUGCUGCCAAGGAAAAAGAUAAAAAUGCCACAGAUCGAAAGAAAAAAGAAAACGAUAUAAAUGAAAAAAAUACACUAUACUCCGGAAAUGAAUAUAUUCAAAGAGCUAUUUAUUCUAGUGAUUUAGAAAAUAAUAGAAAGAAAGAAAAAAACAGGGGGAAAGGUAUAGUGACUAAAACAAAAAAUAGUGAACAUAAAAAAAAAGAAAAAGAAAGUGACAUUAAAAAGGUAUUAAACUAUUUAGACCAAAUUAAUUAUAGUGACAAAACAGAUAACUCGGAAAACUCUAACGAAUUUAAAAAAAUAAUAAAUGAUCAAAAUAAAAAAAUCAUACAAAAUGAGUUAGACAUAAUGUAUGAAUAUACUAGCAGUGGUUCGGACAAUUAUAAAAAUUGUUCAAACACAGAAGAUGAUUAUCACGCUAUAAAAUUGACAAAAAAAAAACUAUUAAAUAAUGAUAGAAAGGGAAAAGGGGAAAAACAAAAAAAUAAGCAAAAAAUUACAUUGGAUAAAUUAUUUCUUCACGAGGAAAAUAAAACAAAACAAAAUUUAGAUUCUCUAAAAAAGGAAGAAUAUAUAAAUAAAAAUUUACAAAAAAUGAAAUUCUUAGUUAAUGAAAAUAAAGAUAAAUUAAUAAGUGAUAAGAGAGAACUCCAAGAAGAUGAAAUGAGUCUUGCUCCUAGUGAGUAUUAUAAAAAUUUCAAAGACCGUUUUUUUGAAAAUUGUAAUGAUGAAAAGAAAGAAAAUAACCCGAUAUCAUCUACCCCCAUUUUAAAUGAUAAUUCUACUACCACAACUUUAAGCACAUGCACUAACAAUGUGAAUAAUAUGAAUAAAAUUAAAAGGAGAAAUAAACCAUCAGAUAAUGUAAUAAGUUCUUUUCAAGACACAAACGAAAUGAAAAUAGAGAAAAAUAUAAAUAAAGGUGAAUAUGGAAAUAGUUCUAAUGUCCACAGUAGUGACACUAGUGUCUAUUUACUGAAUAAUAUAUACCCAAAAUAUAUAGGGAAUGAAAGUAUGAGUUCAAACAGUAAUAUGAAUAAGAAUAUAAGUAAGCAUAAUAAUGAUAAUAAUAGCUUAAAACAUGAAAAUGAUUCUAAAAAUAACCCCUCUAAUAGCAAUGAUCAUAACUUAAAUCCUUUUGGUAAACAUUGGGAUUUUAUAAUAAAUUUUAACUUUGAUGAAUUAUUUAAUAUUUGUGAAAAUAUUAUUGAAUCCAUUUUUUCAUCGUCAAAAAAAAUAAAAUAUAGACAAGCUUUUGUUGAUGGGAAAGUGGAAACAUUAUUUGAUGAUGGCUUAAAAAUUAUUGAAAAAAACAAAAAUAAAAAAAUCAUAGACCCUACUAAUAUAGUCAUAUAUCUUUACCCGAGUAAAGAUUAUCGAGCCACCUUCCCUAAUUCGUAUACGCUAUUCCGAUUUGUUAAUAAAGGGAUAUAUCAAGUGAACAUACCUGACAAAUGCCAAUUAAAUAAAUUUCCUAAUGGACAAAUAGAUUGUAAAUACAAUGAUGGUCAUAUACAAAUAUUAUUUUGCGAUGGACGGAAAAAGGAAAUUUUGCCUAACAAAGAGGAAUAUGCCAUACUACGAAAUGGUGUCAUAAAAAAGUUAAAUUAG